GUCGGGACCAGCAAGGAGCCUCUGAAGUCGUCACCUGCGUCUCUCUUCUUUUUGAAAGGUUCCUGGGAUGAUGGAACCGCGUGUGGACUAUUUUGACCGCCUGAGCGAUGAUCUGUUGGGAGGCAUUCUCGAGAGACUGCUGUAGAAUCCUCAUGAGUUUGGGACGCCGGACAAGGCUUGUGGAAGAGUGUGGCUGGAGUCGGUCUGCAAAAGGUUCCGGAGACUGGUGCAUACGUCGGGGUGUCUGGAUUGGCAGUUUGACAGGCCUAAGGAUGGGGAUGCCUUCAUGUGUUACCUGGUGCGCCAACGAGCUAGAUUGAGUCCCUUGACAAAGGUAGCUCUGGACGUUGAAAGGACAAAGCACUUGGGGGCAAUCCUACAGUCAGUGGUAAUUGCAGCCCAAGGUAGCCUCGAGGAACUCCACUUAUUUGUGGGGGACUCGGUCCUAGAGGAUGCUGUCAACUGGGAGUACAUGUUCCUGCUUCUUGCUGCCCUGAGAAUGCUCCGCAUCCUGGAUAUAUUUUCGUGGAAAAGAGGACCUACACACCGAUAUCCAGCGACUUUGAGCAGAUCAUGGUUCCCGGAUUCCUUCCAAAACUUGACGUCGUUGACGCUGUAUGGCUUUGCAAUCCCUGGGGUGGAAUUCAGCUCAUUCUCAGAAAAGUUUCCGCUGCUGAAAGCCUUGAGCUCCACUCGUACUCCACUGGCGCAAACGUGUCCAGCAAGGCGAGCGCACUAGGAAAGGCUUUCUGGUGGGGCGAUGAGGAAGCCGGGGUCGAUGCGGAUAAUGCAGCGAAUCUCAAUCUGCCGAGGAGCCUUAACAAAGUGGUGGCGCUGAUGGGGAGCAGGUUUGCGGAUGUGAGAGAGCAGGCUGUGGUGGCUCUACAUGAGCUGCUAAGUAGUACCAAGCAGCACAUUGCCAUAGCGGCUGUGCCUGGGGCCCUGCACAGCCUGGUGGAGCUCCUUGCUGACGAGACCCUGGUCAGUCUAGCAGGGGAUGCUCACGUACAUAGCAAAAUCGUCAACGAUUCCCACAUUUUGGCAAGAUUAAUCGUCAAUCUCAAGGACAGGUCUGGGAGGGUGUCCGAGAUGUCCGGCUGGGUGCUCUGGUGCUUAGCAAAUCCAGGCGCUGAGGGCGCCAGUGCUAGUUCUGGCGCGCAAGGGUGCCUGCAGAACAUCGUCGCACUGCUGGACGCUGCGGGCCUGAGCAGUCACUUCGGGGAGCUACUCUCUGUCCUGUGCAACAAUCGUUGCAAGCCUGUGGCUUCGACGCCUGCGUUUUUUGAGAGUUUGUUCAGCCUGGCGCUGAGCGAGCGAGUCGACUUACAGAUAGCGGCUGCGGAGAGCUUGCAAACUUUGGGGAGGGAAGCUGAGAGUCGCAAGCUGAUUGUUCAAGUCCCGGAGUGGCUGCAAACGCUGACAGGUCUUGUGGAUAAGGGCAGAGGCAGUGUGGCAGAGAAGGCGGCGAACGUGCUGCGGGAUCUCGCAGCCUCUGACGGCGCAGUACGAGGCGCUAUAGCGGCGGAUGCUGGAGCGCUUCAAGUGCUGGUGAGCUGUUUGGUGGGCGAGAGCACCCCCGUGCAGCAGCCUGUUGCCGCGCUACUGUCAGCGCUAGCACGCAAUGCCACGACCAGGCAGGCGGUUGUGGGAGCGUACGCCGGGUGCUUGCAGGGACUGACUGCGGCCUUGAAAGACGGGAGUGCAGCUGUGCAGAAGGCUGCCUUGGAGGCGCUGUGGGUUGUGGGGACUGAUGACGGUGCUCGCGAGGAGCUUCUCAACGUGCCUGAACUGGUGCCGGCGUUGGCAGACAUGUUAGACGAUAAGCGGCCCGAGGCAGUGGUCAAAGCAGCAGUGGGGGCUCUGCAAAGCAUCACGGGGUUUCCUGCGAUUGGAGAGUGCACAGCAGACACGCCGGGGUGCCUUCAGAGGCUUGUCCAACUUCUGCAGUGCGGGUCGGGCCGCGUGCGCACAUGUGCGGCGUUCGUCUUCUCCCAACUAGCUGCGGAUGCUGGUUUCCAAAAGGUGGUUGCGGAGGAACCAGGGGCCAUAGAGCAGCUCGUGAGUCUUUUGGGCGUCGGGGGGCCGGAGGGGGCGCACAGGCCGGCGGCGCGGGCAUUGCACACCCUGGCGUGGGAUCUCGAGUGCCGGCCCCUCAUCAGCGCCGCCCCAGCGUGCUUGGAACAGCUGUUUAAUCUUUUCAAGGGUCCUCAGGACUACGUGCAGAGCGCGGCAGGGGAGGUGCUGUGGUUCACCGCGGUCGGCUCCGCCAGCAAAGACGCCUUUUGGGAACGGCCUGGGGUUGUCGAGGAGUUGGUAGACCUGCUAGGUGAGAACCGCACGGGGAUCCAGCGCGCGCUCUCCGCCAGAAUUCUGCACAAUCUGACCCAUGACGACAAGGGCCAGGUUGACGAGGCGAAGACCCGGGAGAUUGCGGCUGCGCCGGGGUGCAUGGAGCGGCUGUUCGGCCUGCUGAAAUGCAGCGAGAGUUCCGUGGCGCAGUGGGGGUUGAGUGCGCUCCGGGCGCUGGCCGCAGUCCCCGAGAUCCGGACGGUGGUCUUCGGAGAGCCGGGCUUCCUGCAGACGCUCGUCGGGUUUCUCGACCUGGACGCGUUAGACGAGUCGAUGCUGGACGUUGCGCCGCGCGUUCUGCACCAGCUUCUGUCGGCGGACGCGAAGAACCGGGAGGCCUUCCUUUCCACCCCGGGCGGCCUCGAGAGAUUGGUCCUGCGGGGACGGAUCGCGGGGAUCCCUGGGGCGCUGCACAAGCUGGUGGAGCUCCUGAAACCGUACUGGAUGCGAGAAGUGGCGCUUGAGGCGCUCAGCGUCUUUGCGGCUGAUAACGAGAACGGGCGGGCGAUCGCCGCGGUGCCGGAGUGCCUCACGACGCUGCAGACGCUGGCGAGCCUGCCGGUCGCGGAGAUCCAGGAGGGAGAGGACCCGGGGUUACGAGAGCUAGCGGCUGGAGUCCUCAGCAUUUUGGGUGGGGCAGCGGAAAGAGAGGGGCCGCCGAAACAGGAUGCGGGGGGAGCGGAAGGGGCCGAAAGCGGGGACGGGAGCGAAGGGAGCGGAACAAGCGAAGGGAGCGAAACGAGUGAGGAGAACGGGGUUCCUAACGAGAGAGAUGAUCCCUUAAUCCAACGGCUCAUGCAACAAUCUUUAGAUAGACAACAUGGAAUCGACGGUCGGGGCCUCCUAAGCACCUAAGCGCCCGCUGAGGGCCCUGGCAUGCCUGCUCAAUCGAAGUACGUUUGCAUGGACG